AUGUCAUCGUCAUCCUUCAACCAAUCGGCUUUAAUUCCAACCGAUAUCAUUCCAAAAUGCUCAUCGUUCUGGGAUUAUGAUGAUAUAACAAGAUGUGGUAGAGAUCAGUUAGAUUCUAUACCUCCUGUCCUUAUCGGAGGUAUUUCAUUAACCAUCCUUACUUUAAAAUCUUUAAUAUCAUUCUAUAAUAAUAAAAAAAGAAGCCGAAAUAUUCAACUUGGUGAAGAUCGUCCUUUAUUAUCCAAUGUCGAUGCUUAUGGUUCAAUCAAUACACCAAGCACAAAACUUGAAGAUGUGUCUUUAAAGAGUCGUCAUUUUGAUUUAGUAAGAUUACCUGAUACAAAUGAAGAUGGUACUCCUCAUGGUCAUAUAAAAGAAGUUUAUAAAGACGCGUUUGAAAGAUUAAGAGUUAGUAUAGAAUAUCUUUUAUUAAUCAUUCAAUUAGGUUUGACUUUAUCAUUAUUCUUUGUUCAAGAUGCCAUUGAUGAAUUUAAACAUACCACUUAUAUCCCUAUUAUUAAAGCCAUCUUUUGGUUUUAUCUUUUCAUUAUUUGUUCCAUUAGAAUUAUAAAUUUAAAAAAAGUCAAUAUUAAAUUACCAAGCUUAUGGAUACAUUCAACUACCGUUUAUUUCUUUAACUUUUUUUCAAUCCUUUUAAUCUUUAGAUCCAUUUUAAUUUCAAAAAAUGUAUCUUCAUUUAUAAAACUUUAUUAUAUUGUUGAAUUUGCCAUUUCAACCAUAUUAUUAAUCCUUAAUUUCACAGCUAAAAUCGGUGAUAAACCUUCCCUUAUUUAUGUUCCAAGUAAUGGUGCUACACCAUCUCCAGAAAAUUUAACCAGUAUUUUUUCAUUUGCGACUUAUUCUUGGUUAGAUUCAAUGGUUUGGAAAGCUUAUAAAAAUCCUUUAAAAAUGGAUGAUAUUUGGGGUUUAAGAGAAGAUGAUUAUGCUUUAUACAUUCUUAAAUCAUUUGAAGCUUCUAAAUCAACUGCUAGAUUCACUAUUAAAAUCUUUAGUCAUUUUAAAUAUUUAUUCGCUUUACAAGCCUUUUGGGCUAUAUUAGAAUCAAUGUUAGUUUUCGGUCCUUCCUUAUUAUUAAAGAGAGUAUUGGAAUAUGUUCAAGAUCCAUCGUCAUCCCCUGGCUCUCUUGCUUGGAGUUUUGUCCUUUUAAUGCCAUUGGCUAAGAUUAUUGAUUCAAUUGCGUCCGGUUGUUCUCUUUUCAUUGGUAGAAGAGUUUGUCUUAGAAUGAAAGCUAUUAUUAUUGGUGAAGUUUAUGCUAAAGCUUUAAGAAGAAAAAUCACUGUUUCUGAAUCAAAUGACGCUUCUUCUGAUAGUGAUUCUGAUUUGAAAGAUUCUGGUAAAGAUUCAAGCGAUACUACUAAAGAUAAAAAGGAAGGUAAAAAGACUGCUGAAUUAGGUGCUAUUAUCAAUUUAAUGGCUAUCGAUGCUUUUAAGGUUUCUGAAAUUUGUGGUUAUUUACAUUACUUUGUUGGAGCUUUCUUAAUGAUUAUCUUCUGUAUUACCUUAUUAUAUAAUUUAUUAGGUUGGUCUGCUUUGGUUGGUUCUUUAUCUAUUGUGGCUUUACUACCAAUCAAUUAUAGAAUUGCUAAAUGGGUUUCUGAUUUACAAAAGGAAAUGUUAGGGGUUACUGAUAAAAGAAUUCAAAAAUUAAAUGAAACUUUCCAAAGUAUUAGAAUUAUUAAAUUCUUCGCUUGGGAAGAUAAAUUUUUUGAAAGUGUUAUGGGAAUUAGAGAAGAAGAAUUAUAUCUUUUAAAAUUAAGAUCCAUUGUUUGGUGUCUUGGUGGUUUUGUUUGGUUUAUUACUCCAACUUUAAUUACUUUAAUUUCCUUCUAUUGUUAUACCAUCGUUCAAGGUAAUACUUUAACCGCUCCAAUUGCUUUCACUUCAUUAUCAUUAUUUACUUUAUUAAGAUCUCCAUUAGAUCAAUUAUCUGAUAUGACUUCAUUUGUGGUUCAAUCUAAAGUUUCUCUUGAUAGAGUUAGUGACUUUUUAGAUGAAGAAGAAACUGCUAAAUAUGAUCAAUUAGGUAAAACUCCAGGUCCAAAUUCUCCAACCAUUGGAUUUGAAAAUGCUACUUUAUCAUGGAAUUCAUCAUCUGAAACUGAUUUCAAAUUAAGAGAUCUUGAUGUUGCUUUCAAACCAGGUAAAUUAAAUGUUAUCAUUGGUCCAACUGGUGCUGGUAAAACUUCUUUAUUAUUAGGUUUAUUAGGUGAAAUGGAAUUAUUACAUGGUAAUAUCUUCUUACCUGGUAUUAUCCCAAGAGAUGAAUUAGUUGUUGAUCCUCAAACUGGUUUAACUGAAUCAGUAGCGUAUUGUUCUCAAUCAGCUUGGUUAUUGAAUGAUACUAUUAGAAAUAAUAUUAGUUUUGGAUCUCCAUUUAAUCAAGAAAGAUAUGAUAAAGUUGUUGAAGCCUGUGGUUUAAAACGUGAUUUUGAAAUUUUAAGUGCUGGUGAUGCUACUGAAAUUGGUGAAAAGGGUAUUACAUUAUCUGGUGGUCAAAAACAAAGAGUUUCAUUAGCCAGAGCUUUAUAUUCUAAUUCAAAACAUCUCUUGUUAGAUGAUUGUUUAUCUGCUGUUGAUUCCCAUACUGCUUUGUGGAUUUACGAAAAUUGUAUUUCUGGUCCUUUAAUGAAUGGUAGAACUUGUAUUUUAGUUUCUCAUAAUGUUGCUUUAACUAUUCAAAAUGCUGAAUGGGUUGUGGUCAUGGAAAAUGGUAGAAUUAAAACUCAAGGUUCUCCAGAAGAUUUAUUACAUUCUGGUCAUCUUGGUGAUGAUGAUUUAGUUAAAUCAACUGUUUUAAGUUCAAGAAAUCAAUCUACUACUAAUUUACAAACUUUAGCUGAUAAAAAUACUGAUUUAAAAGCUAAAGCCGCUACUCUUGAUGCUAAAUUAAAAGCUCUUGGACCAGAAGAAGAAGAAGAUUUAAAGAAAACUGAUGGUAAAUUAGUUGAAGAAGAAGGUAAAUCUGAUGGUGUGGUUGGUUCUGAAGUUUAUCUUGGUUAUGCCAAAGUAUUUGGUGGAUUCAGAACUUGGGCCAUUAUUAUUUUAGCCUUUGCUCUUUCUCAAGCUGUUUUCAUGUCCCAAUCUUGGUGGUUAAGAAAUUGGUCUAUUCAUAGUGAACAUGAAGCUGCAAGUAAUAACUUUAUUUCAACUAUGGCUCUUACUGGUAUUUCUAAUGUUUAUGAUUCUACUCAAUUCAGUCAAAAUAUUUUUGUUCGUACUUUCAAUGGUGCUACUUCAUUAGUUUCAACUUCAAUGGAUUCUGUUAAUACUUUCAAGAAAGAUAGUAGUACCCUUUACUAUAUUAUUGUUUAUGCAUUAAUUGGUUUUGGUUAUGCUAUUUCAGCAUGUUUAAGAGUUAUCAUUACUUUCUUUGCUGGUAUUACUGCUUCUAAUAGAAUUUUCAAGAGUGUUUUAACUACUAUUUUAAGAGCUAAAUUAAGAUUUUUUGAUAAAACUCCUCAAGGUCGUAUUAUGAAUAGAUUUUCAAAAGAUAUUGAAGCUGUUGAUCAAGAACUUACUCCAUUUGCUGAGGGUGUUUUCAUUUGUUUCGUGCAAUGUGUUUCUACUUUAAUUUUGAUUACUUUUAUUACUCCAGGUUUCUUAAUUUUUGCGUUUAUUAUUGCCUUCUUAUAUUAUUUGGUUGGUUUAUUCUAUAUUUCUCUUUCAAGAGAAUUAAAACGUUUUGAAUCAAUUACAAAAUCUCCAAUUCAUCAACAUUUCUCUGAAUCAUUAAAUGGUGUGGCUACUAUUAGAGCUUAUGGUAUUGAAUCAAGAUUCAUGAAACAAAAUUUAAGUGCUAUUGAUCAAAACAAUAGACCAUUCUUUUAUUUAUGGGUUGCUAAUAGAUGGUUAUCAUUCCGUAUUGAUGCUGUUGGUUCAUUAGUUAUGUUAUUUGCUGGUAUUUUCGUCUUACUUUCAAUUGGAACUAUUGAUACUGGUUUAGCUGGUUUAUCGUUAUCAUAUGCCAUUGCCUUUUCUGAAAGUGCUUUAUGGAUCGUGCGUCUUUAUGCAAAUGUCGAAAUGAAUAUGAAUUCUGUUGAACGUUUACAAGAAUACCUUAAAGUUGAACAAGAACCACCAUAUGAAAUUAAAGAAACUCAACCACCUCCAACUUGGCCACAAGAAGGUAGAAUCAUUGUUAAUGAUGUCUCAUUAAGAUAUUCACCUGAAUUACCAAGAGUUAUUAAAAAUGUUACCUUUGAAGUAGAACCUGAUAAUAAGGUGGGUAUUGUUGGUCGUACUGGUGCUGGUAAAUCCACUAUUAUUACUGCAUUCUUUAGAUUUUUAGAUCCAGAAACUGGUACUAUUACUAUUGAUGGAGUUGAUAUUACUUCUAUUGGGUUAAAGACUUUAAGACAAGCUAUUACAAUUAUUCCACAAGAUCCUACUUUAUUUUCUGGUACUAUUAGAUCUAAUUUAGAUCCAUUUGAUGAAUAUACUGAUGAAGAAAUCUUUGAAGCUUUAAAGAGAGUUAAUUUAUUAAAGACUACUACCGUUGAAGAAGUUGCUGGAGAAAAUCAAAAUAAAUUUGGUAAUUUAUUAAAUCCUAUAAGUGAAGGUGGAGGUAAUUUAUCUCAAGGGGAAAGACAAUUAGUUUGUUUAGGUAGAUCAUUAUUAAAGAAUCCAAAGGUUAUUCUUCUUGAUGAAGCUACUAGUUCUAUUGAUUAUAAUUCUGAUGCUAUGAUUCAAAAAACCAUUAGACUGGAAUUUUCAAAUUCAACUAUUUUAACCAUUGCACAUAGAUUAAGAACCAUUAUUGAUUAUGAUAAAAUCUUGGUUAUGGAUGCAGGUAGAGUGGUUGAAUAUGAUAAUCCAUAUGUUUUAAUUGCAGAUAAGUCAACUACAUUCUACAGUAUGUGUGAAAACUCUGGAGAAUUAGAUACUUUGAUUAAAUUAGCUAAAGAAGCUUAUGUCAAAAAGAAAAAUCAAAAAGUAACCAAAUAA